ACGCCCCCACGCCAGCCCGGACCGCCGGCGGAUGGUGUCAGCGCUCACGGGCCCCUUUGACCCGACCACGGCCUCCGACAGCCUACCGCGGCCAUGGAGCCCGCCGCCCACAGGCAACCUCCGGCGGCCGGGCCCGCACGGCCCCGCGGCCGCCGCCCUGCGCCGCACGCACACGUUCAACAGCGGCGAGGGCCGGGGUGACAGUCCCCGCGGCCGCCACGCCCCGGCCCAGCACGGACUUGGCGCACCUCCUCGCCUACGGGGGCACAGACAGGACUGCGCCCCCCGUGCCCUAGGCGGGGGCCCCCGGACGCCUCCGCUGUGCCAGCCACGGGAACAGGAGCGAGAGACCCGGCCCAACGCCGAGUGGGGUGCUCCAGACCACCCCCCCCAGUGCGCAGGGGAGGGGCCUCCGCCACAGGAAGCACAAAGGCCUGGCCCCCCACCCUGCCGGGGCCGCGGGACAUGAGGCGGUUUGGGGGGCGGGAGGAUGUGCUAUAGAUUUGAGGUUGACCUUCUGUGCGUGGGUUUGGGUUUGUUUCCAAUUUGCGGUUGUUGUUUUUUUUGCAGUUUUCUACCCAAUUGCACAACUCCGUUCUUGGGGUGGCGGCCCAGGGCUUGGAGGGGGCGGGAUGAGGAGGGGGCCACAGCUGCAGACCCAAGUGCCCCCCCUCCAGGCCCCUCCUUGACCUAGGCUCCUGGCGUGCGUGAGUGUGUGUAUGUGUGUGUGUGUGUGUGCAUGCCGUGUUCGUGUGCAAGGGGCCGGGAAGGGGAGGGAGGUGUGCGUGUGAAUGCCCACGAGGGCUGCUGCCGGCGUGUGCGUGGCGAUGGGCACUCAUGCAGGGUGUGUGUCUGUGUGUGAGUGCGGCGGCCCCAGAGGCCUGGGCGUUUGGCUGAGCCAACACAAGGGGCUUCCAGAAGGCCAGGGGGGCCUCCAACUGCCGGUCAGGAAUUUGAGGGGAGACAGAGAAGGGGUUUCAGGGGCAGAGGCCAAGAGGGCCUGCCCAUAUGCCACACUGGGCAGCAGCUGAGUAAACGUGUUGGGGGGGGCAGCAAAGUG